AUGGCCACUACUUCUCUACCAGAUGAUAACAUAUACACACAUGUUGAUGAUCAGUACCUUGAAAUUUUUUGUCUUAUUUGGCUCGAUGCUAAUGUGAAUAGUAAAGAUAUUCGAAAUACAGAAAAAAAACUACGUACUGUUAUAAAUCGUUUUAAGAAGUUUCAAGAUGUAGAACAAUGUAAAAACUUUAUUCAACAACAAUCUCAAAACGAUCGACUAGUAAUCAUUGUUAGUGGUCGACUGGGACGAGAAAUAGUUCCUUCUAUCCAAGGACUUCGACAAGUUACAUCGAUCUAUGUUUACUGCAAGGAUAAGAAAGGUAACAAAGAAUGGGCUGAUAAAUUUCCAAAAGUGAAAGAUGUUCUUGUUGAACUUAAUGAACUCAUUGCUCGAAUUACAGCUGAUCAUAAAAUUCAGAAAAAGGUGGAAGAACCAUUAUCAAUUAAUAUUUUUACUACAAAUUUUGGCAAAGGUAAAUCAACAAGUGGUAUAAAUGGUAAAUUUGUUUUUUCGCAAGUACUUAUUGAUUGUCUUCUACGACUAAAGUCUACUGAAACAGAUAAAAAUGAACUUAUUGAUCGUUGUAAACAGCAAUAUGCAGGUAAUAAAGUUGAAUUGAACAAUAUUGAUGAAUUUGAAAAGAGUUAUUCACCUGACAAAGCCUUAUGGUGGUACUCACGACAAUCUUUUUUUUAUAAUACUCUGAAUGCAGUUCUACGUAACCAAAAAACUCAUUUGAUGUUUUUAUUUCGUUCAUAUGUCUCUGAUAUCUAUCAUCAAUUGAAAGAUCAUCAAGUUACACAUACUCUAAAAGUUUAUCGAUGUCAAAUGAUAUCAAUUGAUGAAUUGGAAACUUUGAAACAAUUAAUUGGUCACUUUAUUUCAGUGAAUUCAUUUUUUUCCACCAGCACUGAUUAUGAAGCAGCUCUUUCAUUUAUCAAUGUUCAUGGUGUCAAAGGAAGUUUAGAACCAGUAUUAUUUGAAAUCAAUGCCGACCCUCAAAAGGUCACUACAAAACCAUUUGCUGAUAUCAGUAAAUUUAGUGAAUUUACUCAAGAAUCUGAAGUACUCUUCAUGCUUGGUUCUAUUUUUCGCUUGAACAGCGUCAGUCGUAGCGGUAACGAUCAACUAUGGAUUAUCCAAUUGACUUUGUGUAGUGAGACUGAACACGAUUUACGACACGUUCUCAAGCAUCUGCAACAGCAACUUGGUAGUGGAGAAACAAAUUUUCGAACCUUCGGGAAAAUAUUAUGGACUAUGGGAAAACUUGAUUUAGCUGAACAAUAUUAUACUCGUUUUUUGAACGAACUUCCACCAAACGAUCCUAUAAUCGGUAGUUUGUAUGAGGAGCUUGGCGAAUUAGCAUCACAAAAUCGCGACUAUGAGACGAGCAUUGAAUGGCGUCAAAAAGCUAUCGAAUUCAAAAGCCAACAGCAACCGAUUCUCACUGCUGGCAUAAAUGCAGCAAACAAUGCUAUUGGUGAGUUCAUCAAAAGAAAGUUUAUUAUAUUGAAACGAGUAUCAUAUAUGAAAAUUCAUAUUUCAUUAAGAAAAACAGAAGUGUGA